CGCUGGUUUCGUCGUUGUCGCAGACAUGGCACGGAAACCGAAUUUCUCCCUACUUGAAAUCGAAAGUAUUAUUGAGGAAGUCCAAAACAAUAGUGAUAUUAUAAAUUCUUCCUUUUCAAACGUAUCGACGAAUGCGAGUAAGCAAAGACUAUGGAGUGGCAUUACAUCAAAGGUGAGCAUUGUCAGCGGUGUUGAAAGUACAUCAGAAGAUGUUCGGAAAAAAUGGAGAAAUGUAUCUAGCGAUACAAAGAAGAAAUUGUCAAUGGCUCUGAGGGAAGCAAGGAAGACUGGCGGAGGAGUGUCAUCAGCGGAAGCGCUCAUCAACACUGAGAUAAAGAUUUCUGAAACUAUGCGCCAAACCCCCGCUGAGGGAAUUCCCGGGGGAUAUGGCACAGCUGCUUGCAGCAACCCUCAGUCUGUCGAUAUUGUCAACGAAGAAGACAGGUAA